GGACAUCAAGGUAUUGAACUCAUAAUGUUGUGAGUUUAUACAUGCCAGACUGUGUGCCACCACUUUCUGAAGCAGCUUUGGUAAUGCACUGCAAUAAUGGCUGAACAAAGGCAACGUGCUUUGUCAACAUCAGGUGAAGCAUUAUACAAAAUCCUGGCACUAGAGAAGGGAGCAACACAUGAUGAGAUUAAGAAGUCCUACAGAAAACUGGCUCUGAAAUACCAUCCUGACAAGAAUCCAGACAAUCCAGAGGCUGCAGAAAAAUUUAAAGAGAUCAACAAUGCUCAUGCAACCCUGACUGACCUGUCCAAGCGAAACAUAUAUGACAAGUAUGGAUCAUUAGGGCUCUACGUGGCGGAACAGUUUGGUGAGGAAAAUGUUAACACCUACUUCAUGCUCUCAAGCUGGUGGGCAAAGGGCCUGUUUGCAGUCUGUGGUUUGCUGACUGGCUGCUACCUCUGCUGCUGCCUCUGCUGCUGCUUCAACUGCUGCUGUGGAAAGUGCAAACCGAAGGCACCCGAGGGGGAGCAGCAGGAGUUUUGUGUGUCUCCAGAAGAUUUGGAAGAGCAAAUUAAGAACGACAUGGAAAGAGAUGGAGAAACUCCUAUUACGCUUCAGCCGACCAACGUCACCGAGAAGACACAACUGAUUGGGGACAGCCAUCGGAGCUAUCGCACAGAGUCCUAG